CCUCCAACUGUCGGUUCCCAAAAUAUAUCCUCUCCACUUCCUUUUUUUUCUUAAUAAGGCAAAACAAGACUACCAUUUUACUUCUUCCCACUCAUCCUACACUCAUCUUUUUAGACCUAUCCACUUCCACCAAAAGAAAUCAGAGUUGCAGAAAAUUAUGAUUUGCAGACUUUUGUCCUCUUUUACACCAUAAACUACUCUACUCUUUCCUACCAUAAGCAAAAUCACCAUUUUUCAUUCUAUACCCACAAAAAACUACCAUUAACAAUGGUUACUGGAUGGCGUAGAGCUUUCUGCACUUCCAUUCCUAAAGACCCAGAACCAAAUACCACUCCAAAUCACACCACAAAUCGUAGUCCUAAACUGGGUUUCUCUAAAUUCACUUUCUUCUCUUCAUCUUCUCCUUCUACACUUCGACCUCAAACUCCUACUUCUGCACCUAAAACCCCAACUCUUCGUUGCAAAACCUCCAUUGAUGAAACUUCUUCAAAACUCAAAUGUAAAACCCCUCCCCCUUCUUCUCCUCAAUCAGUACAAUCUCCUUCUUCUUUUUCUCUCCUCCUUAAAAACUCUCUUCGUUUCUCAAAGCUUACUCGCUGUGGUGUUUGUCUUCACAAUGUCAAAGCGGGUCAAGGAACCGCCAUUUUUACUGCUGAAUGUUCUCAUUCUUUUCAUUUCCCAUGUAUUUCAAAUCUUGCUACUAAAACUAAUGGUGUAAUUUUAUCUUGCCCUCUUUGUGGAUCUCAAUGGAAGGAAACUCCUUACCUUGCAGUUACUCAGAAAAGUAAACCCAUUAAAAAAUCAAUCCCAACUGAUCUUCGUCUCUACGAUGACGAUGAACCGCUUGUAACCCACGUUUCGUCGAUUCAAUUCAACCCCAUACCCGAAUCCGAGGAAGAAAACGAACCCGAUGAUGAUCAAUUUCCUGGGUUUUUUUCGGAUCCAGUAACUCCUCGACCUCAAAAUACCCACAUGAACAAAGGAGUAGAUGUAACAAUAUCUCCAGAAUCAACUAUAAUAGCCGUAGGGCGAACCUACGAGACUUAUGCGGUUCUACUCACCGUAAAAGCCCCAACAUUUCCGGGUAGAAUCCGCCGUCCUUCGGUGGAUGUAGUGGUUGUUCUAGACAUUGGAUGUGAAAUAAAUGCCGGAAAAUUAAACUCCUUAAAAAGAUCAAUGAAAGGAAUGAUUUCUUCCCUCUCAUCAAACGAUCGUCUUUCAAUGGUUGCAUUUUCAUCUACGUCGAAAAGAUUACUUCCAUUGAGGAGAAUGACUCCUUCUGGAAGAAGAUCAGCUAGAAAAAUUAUAGACGCCAUUAAUAUAGCUCCGUCUGAAACGCAUAGCAGUGGUAAUAAUUACUGUCUAAACGAUGCGCUUAAGAAAGCUGCUAAAAUCAUACAAGAUCGUAAAGAGAAGAAUCAUUUUACUUCCAUCAUAUUAAUGGACGGUCAAGAUGAGAAGAGAGAAACUAACGAUCAAUUUCUUGUAUCUUCUACCCGGUUUUCUGAGAUUCCGGUUCAUACAUUUAAAAUUAAGGAGGGUUUUUCUGAAGAGGAAUUUGUUAAAACUGUGAACCAAUUUCUAAGCGUGGUGGUUUUAGAUGUUCGGUUUCAGAUCGGUUUAGCAACCGGAUCAGCUGCGGCGGAUAUAGUAGCUGUUUAUUCUUGUACGGGUAGACCGGGUUUACUUGGGUCCGGUUCAGCUAAACUAGGGGAUUUAUAUAGUGGUGAGGAGAGGGAACUAUUAGUUGAAUUGAAAGUUCCAGCAAGUUCUAUUGGGUCCCACCAUAUGUUAUCUGUAAGAUCAUAUCAUAAAGAUCCAUCAUUUUGUAAACAGGUGAUCUACGGUGGAGAUCAAUCUUUGAUUGUUCCUCGUCCUCACACCAUCCGAUCAUCAGACCCUAAAAUCCAACGCUUAAGAAGUCUUUUUGUUAUGACAAGGGCUGUAGCUGAAAGCAGGAGAUUAUUAGCUGAAAGAAAUGACUUUGUUGGAGCUGAGCGGCUUCUGGGAUUGGCUCGAGCCGUGUUGAGUCAGCGGAGUUUGAAAGUAGCCGCGGCUGGGGAGUAUAGGCGUAGAGUCGAAGCUGAAUUAGCCGAAGUUAAGUGGAGGCGUCAAACUCAGCAAGAAGAGACGCCGAGGAGAGAGAAAGAAGGAAGUAAUCGUAAUGGCGGUGGGUGUUGUGUGGUGGAUGAAAAGGGUGAGCCGUUAACGCCGACAUCGGCUUGGAAAGCAGCUGAACGGCUGGCUAAAGUGGCUAUGAUGAGGAAGAACUUAAACAGGGUUAGCGAUUUGCAUGGCUUCGAAGACGCUCGCUUCUAAUUUUUAUUAUAAUUUAAUGUUUAAAUAAAUAUUAAUAUAAUUAAAAUUAAGUUUUGUAAUUUAUUUAUAUUUAUUUAAAAAUUGUAAAAAAUAAAGAAAAUGAAAGGGAGAGAAAGCCAAAGAGUACCGGACGGCUGGGGCCUUUUGGUGCAUAUGAUUGAUGAGAAUUGGAGUUUAAAUGAAUGCAUCCCCACAAAUAUUUAAUUUGGGCAGGAUAGAGGACUUAUUUUUUGUCUUUUUUUUCCUUUUUAUAUGAAAAUGAACAAAAAAAUAAAAAAGGGAUUUAUGAUUAAUAAAGGGAGCAUCUUUUGAAAAGGAGAAAAGAGAAAUGGGGUGAAUCAAAAGUGAAGUUGUUAUUUAAUGUUUAAUUAAUAAUUAGGAGUAAUGUUGUGAUUUAGGUAAGAUUAGAUUAGAUUAGGGAUAUGGAUGUGAUUAUUAGAUUAUUAAUUGUAUUUGUAAAGAGAUUAACGGUAUCUUACAUUCCUAGUACCUGUUUCAAUCAUAUACUUUUCUUUUGUUUA